AAUUCUAUUUAGCUAUUCAGGUUUGGAUGUAGACAAAGUUGUUUGCAAAUCAUAGACCUUUUUUAUUGUAGUUUGUAGUCAAUUUAAGUUCAUGCACAGCAUCCACUACCAGUAGAUACUGUUGCUAUGGUUACCCACAGUUUUUGCACCUUACGCACUGGUUUACAAAGGAAGUAUGUCAUCCUAACGUGCACUUUCUUUGACCUUGAUAUAGCUGAAUAUUAUCAAGAAAAAUCAAGAGAAGUCUGUAAAGAUAUUUUGACUUUUAGAGCGCUGCUCUGUUCACUCUUUCAGUUUGCUCUCACAUGCAUAAUUUAAUGUUAGCGUUUCUUUAUGUUCACAUAUUUAUUAUGCAUUGCUGGAGGGAGCCUCUUACAUUCUAUUUUCUAUUGACUGCUUCUCUGUAAUUGAUGUGCUUUUGACAAUAAAGAACUUCCUUACUAUGAUAGACGACAGCCAGGUAGGCAGAUGGGGACAUUUCCCCCCAUCUGUUUGAGUAUCUAAUUUCCCCUAAAGUAAAAAGAGAAGUGUAGGAAUACUCUGUUACAAGUAAAGGUCCUGCAUUCAAAAGUAAAGGUACAAAAGUAUUGGCAUCAAAAUAUACCUAAAGUACCAAAAGUAAAAGUACUAAUUCUGCAGAUUGGUCAAUCUCAAAAUAAUAUCUCUGAUAUGUUUUAUAAUUAUUGAUCAUUAAAGUGUUCUCAAAGCCGGUAAAGGUGCAGCUAGUUUAAAUGACUUUGUAUACUGCAGGGUAGCUUGUGAAUUUACUCCAGGUUGGACUAAAGUCUGAUUUAAGUGUUGAUUAUAUUUCACAUCAUUAAACAAAAUCUGCAAAGUAUGAAUGUUAUGGAGUAAAAAUACACAAUUAACCUCUGAAUUGUAGUGGUGUAGAAGUACUAAGUAGUAAUGUAUGUGGUUGUCGGGAAAAGCGUCAGAGUGAGACCUCUUUGCUCCCCGCUGCUCUGUGCAGUGUAACCAGAUCAGGGCAGAGCAGAGGGCCGGACAGGAGGCUUGUUUGCCUCCAAACGAGCCAAUGAGACCAGCUUUACAUUAGACUGACAGUCCGUCUCAGCGAGCCCGGAGACGCCAAUCUGGUCUGACAACUUCCAGACAGCCAAUACGGAGAGGAACGGAGGGAACAAAUCGAAAUACGAAUCUGGCUUCCUGUAAGGUUUGAAAACGUUACCUGUCACCUGUGCGUUUAGAGGAGAAAGGGGAACAAUAAUGGCGAUGUCGCAGUGCCUGGAAGACUCACCUCUCCGGUUAGGGACCAAGCACACCGGGGGUGACGACCUGAAGCUGCAGGAGCUGUACAACGAGAGGCACCGGCUGGCUCUGGAGGAGCUGCUGUCGGGAGGGUUAGACAACUUUCUGGAGUUCCUCAGAAAAGAGAGGAUCCCCAACUUUCUGUCGGACGAUGAGAUGCAGCGGAUCCGCAGCGCUGCUGUUCCCCCUCCGCGGUGUGUGUCCUUCCUCGGGGAGGAGCAGGCCUCGGAGCUCAGCAGCUCCCUGGACUGUUCCUCCGUCACGUAUUUCCCCGAGGUGUCGGACGUUGAGCCACCGGUGCUGGAGCUCGGCUGGCCGGGCUUCACCGCAGGCUCGUACCGGGGAGUGACGCGGGCGGUGGCGCACUUCCAGCCCAGCUACGGGGAGAGCAUCUACAGCUGCAAGGAGGCAGCCAGGCGGAUGAUUCAAAGUGCCAGAGAGGUGAUUGCCAUAGUUACAGACUCCCUGACAGACCUGGAUAUCUUUAAGGAUCUUCAGGAGGCUUGCACACAACGCAAAGUCCCCGUCUACAUCCUGCUCGACCAAUCGUGUGCUCCGGCUUUCCUCAAGAUGUGCAUAAACGUCAACGUUCGCCUGGAUGACAUUCGGCAAAUGAAAGUGCGAACCAUAACUGGUACAACUUACUACAUGCGAUCAGGAGCCAGGAUUACCGGGGAGGUUCAUGAGAGGUUCAUGCUGAUUGACGGAAACCGCGUGGCUACGGGCUCCUACAGGUUCAACUGGACCGACGGGAAACUGAACAGCAGCAACCUGAUCGAGCUCUCUGGCCAGGUCACAGAGAAAUUUGACGAGGAGUUUCGCAUCCUCUACGCCCAGUCUCAACCUGUGAACACUCGAGGACCUCCGAGUGUCCGGAACAGCGGUAUCUACGAGCAUCUCCUCAUCAAAAACCUGGUGGCCUCCUCCCCUCACCUGGCCAGAGAGAGGCUUUCAAAGUCAGCUUGUCUCACCAGCACACCGAGCCGCCAACACUUAAAUCUAUCUGUCCAGCCGCUGUGUGAAGCCUCGACUCCAGAUCACCACAAAAGCAACCCGGUGUCCGACCCCUCCACUUCAGAUGAGGACUGGGAGGAGCAGAAGCACAGCCAGGAGGAGAUCCUGGCAGGAAGCACAACUCAGCAGUUAUCUGCUGAUCAGCUCACAGAGAAAGAACCAGCGACCUGCAUCACCUGCCACGCCUCCACACAGACCAGCCUGUCAGUGACGGACUGCGACACCCAGACUGACCUACAGCUCAUGCACCAAACCCAGGCCGCCUCUCUGUCCGCCUCUCCGUCCGUUCCCAGGCAGAGCUCGCCCAGCCAGGCAGCUGCAGACAGCUCCUUAAAGCGCUGCUUCCACAAGCUGACCGAGGAGCGCCAGCACCACUACUCCAACAUCCGCUGCAAGCUGGAGCACAUGGUGACCACCCUGUCCCAGAGGCGCGAGCUGGCGGACGUCACCAACAUGACUCAGGGGGCUGGAGCUCACAGCCAGCAGAGGGAACAGAAAGACAGCGAGCAGGAACCAAACCCCAGACUGCUUGUUGAAAGUGCGGGCAUGGGCACAUGGCCAAGAGCCAGAUGUGUGCACUAGUUUGUCCUCAGGGUUUUUUAAGAUGGAGGGUGGUGAGGGAAGAGCUGUGCCAAGCUUUCUGGAGGAUCCUCUGUUUUAAAUACAGGGUUUCGGCUUAUGCAGUAGUUUAUUUUGUAGGUUUUUUAAAGGACUUUAUUGUCAAAUGCACAGCUACACUGUAGAUAUGCAAAGAAAAAUGUUAGUCACAGGCUCUUCCAACAAUGCAACAUACUGUACGUAUACAGUAGAGAAGACAUCAAACAAAUACACUAAAAAUAAAAUAGUGCAAGAGAAUGUUGCAAGACUAGUUUGCAGCUAUUGCAGGAGAAGCAUGCAAUUAAAAGAGAAUAAGAUAAGCUAAAAAUAGUGUCAAAUGAAUGCUGUAUAGACUGCUUUGCUCUCUUUUGUCCUCUUCAUUUCACGUCCUUUCCACGUCUAAAGCUUAAUUUGUGUGAUGCUAACGCAGAACUGUAACCAAAGAUACAGUGCAAUAAUACUCUUUUUGUCAGUCUAAUUAGUAGUCAUUCACACAGGCGAUUAACACUGGAUAAUAUCUGCUGUAGUAUGAGUGAAAAGUGCUGUUUUGGUUGUUUAAUCAGUUGGCUGCUGUUUCUGCUUCUGAUCCUGGGAGCUGCUGGCUCUCGCUGCGCUUUGCUAAUAAACAAAGUAGUGUUUUGCUA